AUGAAUAGCAUCCUCGCAUCGAUAUUUUCGCCUCGCAAGGCAUCCCAGGACAGAGAGCUAGCUUCCUCGCCACUACGACCUGGACCAAAAUCAGCUCUCUCAACCAAGAAACUGAGAAGGAAGUCGCUGCCAGAGCAAAAGGACGAGCGAUCCGUACGAUUCCAGGAGAUAUUAAACGAGGCAGACGUGCCCCCUACACCUACAAAAUCACCCAAGAAGAAGUCGCCAGACAGGAAAAACACGCAGAAAAUGAGUCCGGCUACGAAAGCCCCUCGACGCAGCGACGUUGCCGGUGAAGAUGAGUACACGUUUACGCGGUUCACUGAUUACCGCUGGGACGGGAACUCGAUUGAGAUUGAGGUGGAGUGGGAACAGGGCGACGUGACGUGGGAGCCGGAAGCGCAACUGCACCAGGACGCUCCGGAUGCGCUGUUGGAGUAUUGGGAGAGCCAGGGCGGUCGGCCGACGAACCCUAAUGACCCGGAUUUCGAUCCUGGUGUUUACAUGUACAACCAGGCGAAAUAUGGCCCUGUUGAUGUCAUCACCGGCGACUACCUGGCGGAAGCAAACAUGGCGACUGAAGCCGAAAAGCUAGCCAGCGAGCCUGAUUCAAUCGAGAUGGGAUGGGCUCCCACGGCCCUUGAUGGCCUCCGGUUGACUCUUGAACUUGCCGAUCAGAAGCGCAUCAAGAUUAUUAUCAACGGAGGUGGCCUUAACCCGAGGGGGUUGGCUGAAAAGACACACAAGAUGAUCAAAGACAAGCAGCUCAACCUAAAAGUUGCUUAUGUAGACGGCGACAAUCUCAUGCACAAAGUUCACAGCCUCCUACCUGAUGCGGCAUCCGCUUCAAAAGUCCACCUAGACUCAGCCAACAAAGACGUCAAACUUGCUGACAACGCUCUAUGCUUCCUUCAAGACCCGGAACAUAUGCCCAUCGUAGCAGCAAACGCCUAUCUCGGAUAUCGCGGCAUAAAACGCGCUUUAGACGAAGGCGCUGACAUUAUCAUAUGCGGCAGAGUGGCGGAUGCGUCUCCAGUUCUCGGAGCAGCGGCUUGGUGGCACGGCUGGAAGGAAACCGAUUACAACGCCCUUGCUGGAACGCUGGCCUCCGGCCAUCUCAUCGAGUGUUCGACCUAUGCUACCGGUGGCAACUUUUCCGGAGCGUACAAGUAUCCUACCAGCUCUUUCAUCAACCUUGGUCUUCCGAUUGCCGAAAUUGCCUACCAGGGGGAGAGUGUCAUCACCAAGCAUGAGGAACUUGGUGGAUUUGUCACCCCUGAUACCAUCCGAUGUCAGCUGUUGUACGAACUCCAGGGCAACAUCUAUCUCAACAGCGAUGUAAAAGCCGACUUGAGCAAUGUUCAAAUCAAACCACAGCUCACAAAGAACCGGGUUCACGUCUCCGGCGUCAAGGGUUAUCCUCCCCCGCCGACAACCAAACUGGCUGUGUUCUACAAAGGCGGUUACCAGCUGGAGAUUCUGAUGAAUGCGUGUGGCUACGCUAUGGACCACAAGUGGGAUGUUCAGGAAGCGCAGGUGAAGAGUAAGUUGGACGAAUGGGGCUUGCUGGACAAGCUUGACAUCUUGGAUUUCCAGAGAAUUGGCACACCGCAGGAGAAUCCUGUCUCGCAACUUGCCUCCACUACAUACAUGAGGAUAUUUGCGCAAGCCAAGGACAAGAGUGUUUGUAGAGCAGUAGCCGGAGCUUGGAACUUUGUCUUUAUGAGCCACUUCCCAGGCGCACACUGCUCAUGGGAUCUUCGGACUUUAGUUCCAAAACCCUUCCUAGGCUACUAUCCAUCUCUCGUCAGCCAGCAAGAAAUCUCCGAAGGAGUCACCAUACUCACCCACAAAGACGAUCCCAAACAACAACGUCGCAUCCCCGUCGGUCCGCCUCAAAUCACCGAGCCGCUCGCCCCGCGUCUCAACUACGAAACCACCAAUCCUGUUCCCCUGGAGUCGUUCGGUCCCAAAACAAUGCGGCCUUUGGGAGACCUUGUUCUCGGCCGCUCAGGCGACAAGGGCGGCAACGUCAACCUCGGUUUGUUUGUCCAGACCAAAGACCAAUUCGACUGGUUACGAACGUUUAUGACGAGAGAGAAGCUAAAGGAGUUGAUGCGAAAAGACUGGCAAGAUUGGUAUUUUAUAGAACGCGUGGAGUUCCCUGAGAUUUAUGCAGUGCACUUUGUUGUCUAUGGCGUGCUAGGGAGGGGCGUGAGUAGUUCCAAGUUGCUGGAUAAUUUGGGCAAGGGAUUUGGAGAGUUUAUCAGGGCGGUUUGGGUGCCUCUUCCUACGAGGUUUUUGCAUGAGAAUGCGGCGCACUUGUGA